AAGCGUAAAUCUUGUAUUCCCAGCCAUAGUUUCCAGCAAACGAACCACAGAUAACUACGUGUAUUUGACUGGUUGGCCACCAUUUUCUGACCAGUGUAGCUAGCAUGCGCACAUAAACAUAAGGCGAGCGUGGGUGCAUGUGCCAUAACCUUACUAUCUAUGGCCAUAUCAAGGAAAUUGGAAUUAUUGAUAAUAUACAUCUGCAGAGGCGACUCAGUAGUUAACUUACUCCUGUAAGAACAGACAAUGUCACAACCAGCUUGCAGCUGUUGUGUGGAGAAUGUGAAGAGACUCCAGGAGCAAAUAUCGGUCAUGCGGAGGGAGCUGAAAAAUCUAAGACAGCGAGCAGAUGGCUCCAUACGUUCACACAGGAAACACAUGUCUGCUUUACAAUCGGUGUUGUCAACUAUUAGUCAAGACACCCCGCAAACCAAAGUCUUAACACCAAACGCUGGGGGACAGUUAGAAUGGUCUCUGGAGAAAGGAUGCAUUGAAACAGUUCCCAUUGGGUAUAUAAACUCUUGCUUUGCGGGCAAAAAUGGUACUCCACGACAACCUACAGUUUGUGGUCCAUCUCGCGCCACACUAAAGAUUCAGCAGGCUGUCUUCAGCAAUCCGGACCAUCCCCUGAUUGGGCUGGAACAGUACUCACAUGUAUGGAUAAUCUUCCUCUUCCAUAAGAACGGGCACCUGAGCUAUAAGGCCAAAGUGAAGCCUCCACGUCUGAAUGGCCAGAGGGUGGGAGUGUAUUCCACACGCAGCCCCCACCGCCCCAAUGCCCUUGGCUUGACUUUGGCCAAGCUUGAGCGGGUUGCAGGUGAUACACUCCACUUGUUAGGUGUUGACAUGAUUACGGGUACUCCGGUACUGGACAUCAAGCCUUACAUUCCGGACUAUGACUGUCCACGUAUGCGACAUCAUCCAGAGGAGUGUGAUUUGCCCUCAGGUGAGGAGGCAGAGGAUGAAAGCGAGUGCCCUCGGAUAGAUGGAACCAGUCCCUUUGGCCCCAGUGCAGGGACUUUAGACACUAAAGAGUCCUCAUCAACAUUCUGCCCAGCCUCGUCCAAUUCAGAUGACUUGACUCCUCUAGGAGCGGUGCUGUCUGAGGUGAAGGACUAUCUCCACCAGGGGGAGUUUUCCUCAAGCAGGCCUGCUGAAGUUAGGGCAGCGGAAGCGGAGCCCAGUGAUACGGCUCUCUCUGGGCCUCACGAGGAGCUUGAGACCAGGCUUCACUUUGGAGAGGAGUCUUACAGCACUAUUGCUUCCUGGAUCAGACAGCCUCCAGUGAGCAUGCUGGAAGUGCGCUUCACCCAGCACGCUGAGAGAGAGCUCAAAGAGUUCAUGGCCUCUGAUAGUACAGUGAUGGGGAAGCCCAGAUUUAGGUUCCUGAAAGACUCUGAUGAGGCGGUCGCUGCUAUUAGAGCUGUUCUGUCAGCGGACCCUCGUUCCGUUUACCGAAGAACUCGUUGCCAGGAUCGCCUUUUCUACUUCACCAUGGAUACGGCUGACAUCACUUGCUGGUUUGGAGACGGUUUUGCAGAGGUGUUACGAGUUCAGCCUUUGAAACGUUAGUCCCACCAUGGACAUACUCUGUGCUCCUAAAAGUACCCUUUUGUCCCCUUACUCAACGAUUUGUUCUGCAUUUGUAUCACUUGGUUAGUGUUUUAAUCAUGUGCUUCCGAUUAAUUUGACUUUUAAAACGCGAUCCCUAACAACAUUAUAACUGUGUCAUGUAAGUAAAAACAGGUUUCUGUGAA